GGGCGGGGGACGCACGCCGAAGCCAUGCUGGGCAUUACCGGGCCAGGGGGACAGAGGAGCCUGUGGCUGUGGCGAGCGGCUCUGCUGGCUGCGGCGGGACGGGGCGGCAGAAACAAAUUCUCCGCUAUGUCUUCACAGUCUCACUGGUUGACCACAGAAGAAAGGAACCAAGUUUUAUAUGACCUCAAAGCUGCAGGUUGGUCUGAGCUCACUGAAAGGGAUGCCAUAUACAAAGAAUUCAACUUCAAAACUUUUAAUCAGGCUUUUGGCUUUAUGACUCGUAUUGCUCUUCAAGCUGAAAAGAUGAAUCAUCACCCUGAGUGGUUUAAUGUAUACAAUAAGGUCCAGAUAACUCUCAUUUCCCAUGACUGUGGUGGGCUGACGAAGCGAGAUGUCAAGCUGGCUCAGUUUAUUGACAAAGCUGCCGCAUCUGUCUAACAACUGGGUGUUGAAAUCAUCACAAAACAGCAUUUCCUUCAAAAUGUUUCCCUUUGCAUUGUAUAAGAUAUUUAUUCAGUUAGGGUGACCAUAUGAAAAGGAGGACAGGGCUCCUGUAUCUUUAACAGUUGUAUUGAAAAGGGAAUUUUUGCAGGUGUCAUUUGUAUAUAAAUGGAGAACCUGGUGAAAUUCCCUCUUCAUCACAACAGUUAAAGCUGCAGGUGCCCUGCCCUUUUUAAAAUCUGGUCACUCCUGCAGCUUUAACUGUUGUGAUGAAGAGGGAAUUUCACCAGGUUCUCCAUAUAUACAAAUGACACCUGCUGAAAUUUCCUUUUCUAUGCAACUGUUAAAGAUACAGGAGCCCUGUCCUUCUUUUCAUAUGGUCACCCUAAUUCAGUCUUCUCUCUUUUAAAGAUGUUAAUCCUCAAAUUCCCCCAUUGCUUCAGGGCUUGAAAUUAUAGAGAUUCCAUAGGUAGGCAGCAUACUGGUGGUACUAGGUAAAGAGGACUGAGAUGCUCUGAACUGUCUUCAUCCUGUCUAUCUCUCACACUGUAACGAUCUUCCCCUACUUUAUCCUUGGUUAAUGCUGAUCAUUCCAUCAGGAAUUCCCAGAGAGAAGAUUUUAGAAAGCACCAGUGAUCUGGGCUUAGAGGCAGGCUCAGGUUCCACUUCACCAAUCAAGCUUCUCUUUUGUCCUUUGUAACCUAUAGUAGUGGAAAUAGCACAACUCAGUAUGGGAAUUAGAGUCUGAAUUUCUGAUAUUUCAUUGAAUGAUGAUAGCAUUAUUUGUAACAGCAGCUUUUGCUCAAUAACUAACGUGGCAAUUGGCAAAUCAUUGCUUGGAAUUAAAGGGGCCUGUGCAAUUUC